AUGGGUGAUAUCUUUUGGGCAGGACUCAAUAAUGAGAAAGUGACAAACCAUGAUCUCAAAGAUAUUGUAUGGGACCUGGAACUGUCACAAAACGUUAUUGAGGCCUAUAUCCAAAUAGAGGAGGAUAAAAUAGAGCCCAUGCAGACAGAGAGUCCACAGUACAUGUCCACAUGGACUUGGGCUUACAUGCAAAGCUUCCAAGAGCCAUCUUGGCACAGGUUCCUGUAUGAACACUUACUUGAAAAACUCGGGAAAUGCAGUGUUCUUUUCUUCCCGAUUAUUUCAAAAGAAGAGUUCCACUUCACACUUCUCACAUUUCACAAAAAUGAACGAAAGUGGAGACACUACAAUCCACUUAGAUCGUUGGGACGUAGAAAAGAAGAAAGGUUAAUAUUGUUGAAGGGUGGCUAGAAUAUAUAAGACCUCAAGCACGAGUGUUCAUAGAAACUAAAAAAAAACCAACACUUGUGAAGCAAAAGGAAGGGCCCCCGACACUUGUACAAAAAGAUUUGACUCCAACUGAAGA